GACAUGCUGCGAUAUAAGACGAUGGCCUCGCUUCAAUCAGACGGGACGUCACAGACUAUUACAGUCGCAGUCAUAGGUCACCAUGUGGCUCUCGACUUUACUCUUCGCUUUGUUCACCUGCGUUAUCGCAGAGGAUGGCAUUGAUGGUUGGCUGAGAUAUGCUCGCUUGCCAUCAAGCGUCUCCAUUAAUGCCAAGUCGCUUCCUCGAAAGAUCCAUAUCAUUGGUGGUUCCAAGAAGAGUCCCCUCGGCAGUGCUGGCUCGGAACUCCAAAAGGGCUUCAGCGGUAUUCUCAACAUCGACCUGAAGACUGAGGCCAAUUCAAAGUCGUGCGACUUCUCACAGUCAAUUGUCGUUACCACCGAGGAGAACCUCAAGAAGUCUUGCAAGGGCAAAUUAUCUCAUCCCAAGCUUGAGGCUGAUGGCUACUGGCUCAGCACUUCUGGCAACUCUGUCACGAUCAUUGGCCAGAAUGAGCGCGGUGCUCUGUAUGGCGCCUUUGAAUAUCUCUCCAUGCUCGGUCAGGGCAACUUCGAGAAAGUCGAGUACGCAUCGAACCCCAGUGCGCCCAUUCGAUGGGCCAACCAGUGGGACAACCUCAACGCAAGCUCAACCCAUGGCUCCAUCGAGAGAGGCUAUGGAGGUCCUUCUAUCUUUUUUGACGGCGUCAAAAACGUGCGAAAGGAUCUCUCACGAGUUCCCCUCUUUGGGCGUCUUCUCGCCUCCAUCGGUAUCAACGCUGUCGUCAUCAACAACGUCAACGCCGACGUGAGACUCUUUAACUCCGAGAACCGCAAGGGUCUUAUCGAGAUUGCCGACCUGCUUCGUCCCUGGGGUGUUCAAGUCGGUCUCUCUCUCAACUUUGCAUCGCCCCAGUUGCUCGGAGGCCUGGAUACCUUUGAUCCUCUUGACGAGAAGGUUAUCAAGUGGUGGCAUGAAUUGAUUGAUGGUCUUUAUGAUGGCAUUCCUGACAUGGCUGGCUAUUUGGUCAAGGCGAACUCGGAGGGCCAGCCCGGACCUAUCACGUAUAACCGCACUUUGGCUGAUGGCGCCAACAUGUUUGCUAAAGCUCUUGAGCCCCACGGCGGUGUCGUUAUGUUCAGAGCCUUUGUUUAUGACAAGCUUGACUGGAAUGACUGGAAGGCUGACCGCGCCAACGCCGCUGUCGAGUUCUUCAAGGAGCUGGACGGAAAGUUUGACGACAACGUAGUCGUUCAGAUCAAAUACGGCCCCAUUGACUUUCAGAUACGGGAGCCAGUCUCGCCUUUGUUUUCACAUCUUAGAAAGACCAAUAGUGCUAUUGAACUGCAGAUCAGUCAAGAGUACUUAGGACAGCAAUGUCAUCUGGUCUAUCUGCCUCCGCUGUGGAAGACGAUCCUGGAUUUCGACAUGCGAAUCGACGGCAAAAAGUCCCAAGUCCGCGAUAUCGUAUCCGGAAAAGUAUUCAAGCGACGCCUAGGAGGAUAUGCUGGUGUCACAAAUGUUGGUUUGGACAAGACGUGGCUUGGAAGUCAUCUGUCGAUGUCAAACCUGUACGCAUUUGGACGUCUCGCUUGGGACCCCACGGCGGAUUCACAGGAAAUUCUCGAGGACUGGACGCGUCUGACCUUCGGACUCGACAACAAGGUCCGAAAAGCCAUUACUGAUAUGUCUAUGGCUUCUUGGCCAGCCUAUGAGAACUAUUCCGGCAACCUGGGCAUUCAGACCUUGACCGAUAUUCUCUACGCCCAUUACGGACCCAACCCAGCUUCGCAGGACAACAACGGCUGGGGACAAUGGACCAGGGCAACCCGCGACCACAUUGGUAUGGAUCGUACAGUCAAGAACGGAACUGGAAACGCUGGCCAGUAUCCCUCUGAAGUUGCCAAGCGGUUCGAGAGCACCGAAACGACCCCCGAUGACCUCAUGCUCUGGUUCCACCAUGUCCCCUACACUUUCAAGCUCCACUCUGGUAAGACUGUGAUUCAGCACUUCUACGAUGCUCAUUACAAGGGUGCCGCUACAGCUCAGACUUUCCACAAGACCUGGGCGUCGCUGAAGGGCAAGAUCGACGACGACAGACUGGACCACGAUCUGUUUAGACUAAAGUACCAGGCUGGCCACUCGAUCGUUUGGAGAGACGCCAUCAACGAAUUCUACCGCAACCUGUCUGGCAUUCCUGACACACAGAACCGUGUUCGCAAUCAUCCUUACAGAAUCGAGGCUGAGAAGAUGGAGCUCGAUGGCUAUAAGCCUAUCAACGUCACCCCUACUGAGACUGCUUCCAAGUAUGUCGCUAUCUAUACAAACAGCACUGGAACAGCCAGCACCACUCUCAAGUCCCCCAAGGGCACAUAUAACCUUGCUGUCAACUACUAUGAUAUCGUUGGUGGCAAGUCCACUUGGUCUGUAUACCUCAACAAGCGAUUGGUCGGCAAGUGGGUUGGAGACAAUGAAGAGCGACUUGGUCAUUGGCCAAGUGAGUUCCUUGACGGUCACUCUGCCACUCGUAUCACCUUUGAAGGUGUCAAGAUCCAACCAGGUGAUAAGCUCGUGAUCAUUGGAAAGGCCGAUGGCAAGGAAACAGCUGCGUUGGAUUAUGUUUCAGUUUUGCCUCAGGGCAUUAUUGACUAGUCAGUCAUUCUUUCUUGUGCUUCUUAUCUCAUUUAUGAUUUAGCAUUCCAAAAGAAGAAAAAGAAAAAGUAUUGCUCCAAUGUUCAAAUGUCAAUUUAUAUGUGCUCGUAACUAGCUACAAUCCAGAUAAAACAUUCUAGGUCCA